AUGGAUUCUAUUGGAAGCGGUGUAGCAUCAUCAGGUUCAUUACGUACAAAAAUAUCGUUAAAGGGCAGAUAUUCGCAGCUGUCGUUAGUGUGUCCUUUUCAUUUGAUGAAACCCGAGUUACCGCAACAGAGCGUUUUACUUGGUAGUAACGAUUUAUUGGCGGAAUAUGAUAUGGGCUCAUCUUAUCAGCGCUUUUGUGGCUCAAAGCGAUUACGGGAGGAUCUCGGCUCCUUCCUCCCGCAUCUUGUUGGCAGUUUCAAUUUCGAAAAUGCUUUGGAAUUCAGUUCAUUGCGGAUGUUGGUGGAAAAACCACCGAUCACUGGAAAGGAGAUUACCAGCCUUUCUGCGGGUGCAAUGGCUGGAUUUAGACUCACGCCAGGUGCGGUCCCCGAACCCUACAGAUAUUUCGACAAUAAAGUAGACGAUCUGAGCAGUGAUACAAUGAAUUAUGAUGAGAAUGGUGAAGAAACGAAGCAUAAAAGGAAGUAUAAGUGGAGCUUGGAUGAUCUUGAUGAUGCUGAUUUGGAUCGAAAGUACAGGAAACAUCGCAGUGAAGAUAAAGACAGGAAGAAAGAAAAAAAGAAGAAAAAGGAUAAAAAACGGAAGAGAGAUUCAAAAGAAGAGGAUCAAAAUAAUAAAGUAAGAAAAGUGUGA